CCUCACGCCGCCCGGCUGCCUGCUACCACGCCAGCCCGACAUGUCCAAGGUCGCCGAGUCGUGCUUCUCGUUCCUGCACAUGGAGGUGGUCAACACGCUGCUCAGCCCGACCCCGACAGCGGAGGAGCUGCAGCACGCCGGCCGCCGGCUCGAGGUGAUCGGGUACCAGGUGGGCGAACGGCUCGCGGAGCGUUACACAAAGGACCGGCCGCGCUUCGCCGACACGCUAGAAAUCAUCAAGUUCAUCUGCAAGGACUUUUGGUACGAGAUUUACGGCAAGCAGAUUGACAAGCUGCAGACCAACAACCGGGGGGUCUACAUGCUCCAGGACAACAGGCACCGGCUGCUCGUGCGGUGCUCGCCGGCGGCCGAGCGGCAGUCGACGGCCAAGCAGAUGGGCGCGACAUACGGCAAGUUUCCGUGCGGCCUCAUCCGAGGCGCGCUGUGCGGCCUUGGCGUCUCCUCCUCGGUGGGAGUCGAGAUGACGGACGUGAGCGCAUGCCAGUUCACCGUGCGAAUCCAGAUGCCGCAGCCCCCGCAGCCCCCGACGCCGCAGCAGGACACCUCGCGAGAAUAAAAACAUGGGCUGAUUAUACAGUCGAGUCGUGCGCUUACUUGAAAC